AUGUUAUCAUCGUUAAGCACAAUUGUUAUAAUCGCCCUAAUCAUCGGGCUAAUCUAUCAAUAUUUUAUUUUCCCAUAUAUCCUGUCACCACUCGCUAAAAUCCCCAAUGCACACUUUACAUCCCCCAUCACAUCCCUGUGGAUAUUGCAUAAGCGAAAGACGGGGAACGAGAUCAAGACCAUCUACUGUCUUCAUCGGCAACACGGCCCUGUGGUACGCCUAGGUCCCAAUGAGAUCAGCGUCAAUUCCAUCGAUGGCCUACGAACCAUCUACACCGGCGGCUUUGAGAAAACCUCAUGGUACAGUGAUAAUUUCCUCAACUUUGGUACCGAUAAUCUGGUCAGCACCCGGGGAUAUAAACCGCAUUCUAUCCAAAAGCGUAUGCUUAGCCAUGUCUACUCCAAGUCAUUUCUGCAAAACUCGCCAGACCUACAGAGAGUCUCGUCUAUUAUCGUGGUAGGAAGAAUUCUACCCCUUCUGGACAAACUGGCCCAAACCCAGGAGGCAAUCAAUGUACUUCCUUUACUACAAGGAAUUGGUCAGGAUUUUACUUCGGCGUACCUGUUUGGCUCGGAGUAUGGGACAGACUUUAUCCGUGACGUCGCCAAGCGAGAACAAUGGCUUGACUUGUACGAAAAGUUCAAAGUUUUGCAUCCCAAGGAACGCUAUCUCGGCGAGUUUGAGCAAGGGUGUCUUGCGUUAUGCGAUAAGGUUAGUGAUGACCUGAAAGAGGGGAAAACAGGAAGCAAUCAAGGCACUCAACCAGUAGUGUAUGCGCAAUUUUAUCGCUGUCUAGAGAAGGACCCCGAGGAUUGGGAGAGAAAAAGGCUCACGCUAGCUUCGGAGAUGCUUGAUCAUCUCAUUGCUGGACAUGAAACGCUGGGAAUCUCAUUCACUUACACGUUGUGGGAGUUAUCGCAACGCCCUGACCUUCAAGCACGUCUUCGAGCGGAACUCUUAGGUCUUUCACCGACUUUGAGAAUCGCAUCAUCAGAGAAUGAGAAAGAUAGUGCACUGCCAUCUGCACGGUCCUUGGAUAAUCUGCCGUUGCUAGACUCCAUAAUCCGAGAAACCUUACGCCUACAUACACCAGUGCCGGGCCCACAACCUCGGGUUGUUCCCUCCUCCUCAUCUCAGCCGGUAACCAUUGAAGGGUACACAGAUAUUCCAGGCGGAACAAUCGUCAGCAGUUCCGCAUUUUCUUUGCACCGUGUGGUGGAUGUCUAUCCCAACCCGGAUGAAUGGCUCCCCGAGCGCUGGCUCAAUCCCGAUAGUGGCAAUUCCGAGGCAAUGAAUCGCUUGUUUUGGACUUUUGGUAGUGGUGGAAGAAUGUGUAUAGGGAGCAACUUGGCUCUGCAAGUGCUCAAACUUGUUGUUGGCGCAAUUUACACCAAUUUUACCACUUCUAUUGUAGAUGAUGAGGGGAUUGAACAGGAGGACAGUUAUAUUGCUCCUCCCAAGGGGCGCAAGCUGGUUCUUCAAUUUACAUCCGUAUCAUAG